AUGGCCUCCUCCAGCGCUGUAGAAGAUGAACACCUUACAGACUCUGACUUAACUGAUGAUGAAGAGCGCAGCGUGGAACCGCGCCAAGAAGAACUUCGUCCCGAAACUCCGAAACCAUCUUAUACGGACGAGGAACUGCAUCACUUGGUUGGCUACAUACAGCGGAUGAGUGUGUUGAGCUGCUUGGAUCACAGGGACUGGCAUGAAGGAACUCUGGACAUUAUCAGACGUUGGCUUCUCGAGGUGCACGAACCCCUGCUGACCAUAUACUACGAUAGAGAUGCCCUAUCCGCCUGUCUGGGCAUGCCCAACACUUGUGUCUCGGAUCUGAGUUACUUUCGCCGGGAACCAAAUGAAAUCUUUAGCGUGGAGGGCUUCCACGAUGAGAUCAACUUUGGCACCUUGACCAGCGAUGUGGAUGGGUGUUUGAUGGAGCUACUGGAUCGCUUGUACGCCCCCUUCUUCAGGAACUAUCUCGAAUGGAAUGUCACUGUGAGACAUCGCUUUUGCUCCAGCAUGGACAGAUUCCUGGCCUUCCUCACCGGGAUGCACCAUCAAAUCUCGGGGGUAGCCGUGCUGUAUGUGCCCUAUGUCAUUAAGGAACUAACGGCUGGAUCUGUUGAUAGGCAAAUGGUCAGGAGCUUGGAAGGUAUUGCUCUAUACUGGACCACACAGAUUCGCACUUUGCUGGGAGAUGAUACUUUGACGGUUCCCCAUGAUCUGGCCACCGUGCGGGAUGAGUUUGAGUUCUGGGAAUAUCGCUAUGAAGUUCUUCAAGGUAUCAACGAUCAAUUGGCUCAAUCGGAUGUUCAAAAGGUGUUAUUGCUGUUACAUAACGCCCAUUCCGUGCACACUCCCCAAAUGGAAGGUCUUAUAGAAAGGGCUAAAGAGGAGCUUCUUAAGUCCCUGUCCAACAUCAAGUUUCUUCGCCUGCUGAUAGAGCCCUGUUCUAAAAUUGAUGAGGCUACAGGCCCGGCGGAUUUGACGAAGCUUCUACCACGUAUUAUCCACCUUAUAAGAUUUAUUUGGUUGAACUCGGACUACUACAAUACGACUAGACUUAUUGUUGGGCUGUUCCGGAACUUGAGCAAUCAGAUCAUAAGAUUCUGCACAGAGCAAACAAAAGUCGAGGAGAUUCUCUCGGGAAAGCCGCGUUUUGGUAUUCAGAUAUGCAACAUCGCCAUCGACUGCUGUCUGACCUACAAGGGAAUCUAUGAUAAAAUUUCGAGGGAAUUGGCUCAGAAACAGAGCCAACUACCUUGGGAGCUGGACGAGGGACUAAUCUUCAACCAUAUCGACGCCUUUGUGGAGCGUCUGAAUGAUGUGAUUGACAUUUGCGAGUCCAUGAUUGUGUUUGGUCGCAUGGAUGAAAGCGGAAGCAUACCUAAACCAGCUUUCGGGGGCACCAGUGGUGAGGAGCUGGAGAAGAUUUCCGAAAAUGUGGAGCAGCAGUUUCUGGGCGCCUUAAAUCAAUUGCAGGACAGCUCGCAGGCUUAUAUUUUGAAUGUACAUCGAUCGGAUUGGUACAAGGAUGUGGGCCAUUUCCGCAGAGGCAUGCAGAAACUGGAGGAGACUGUCCAGAGGCUGAUCUUCAAUGUGUUCCAGCAGGUGUCCAAUGUGGAGGAGACACUGGAAGCUCUGCAGGCCUUGCUAUUCUACUCCUACCGCCAGAGGGGAACUCUGAGGAAAACCUACCUAAAAGAAACGAGCCGGUUGUGGAGGAUGUUCUCCAAGGAAAUGGACUCUACAUCGAGAAAGCUGCUUGAGGAGCGAAGACAGGAAUCUUGGUUGUCCAAACAUAUGUCCAUAGCUCUAAGCUAUCGCAUCAAUCUGGAACGCUUGACUUGGCUGAGGGACCGAUUAAAGAAUGCCGAGUGGCUGCCUCCUGUUAAGGAAUCCUCUCAAGCUUUAUCGAAAUUUGAUUCACUGCGUCAUGAGUUCCAGAAGGAAAUCCGACAGGCCUACGAAGAUUGGGUGGCCAAGUGCUGUGGAUUCUCUGGCGACCUCUCCCAGCGUUUGGAUCGCUAUCUGAUUGUUAGGAGUAAAAAAUUCAAAGGCCUUCUGGAGUGCAAUAUUGAUGCUUCUGUACUGGAGCUCUGCGAGCAGGCUCAGCACUUUGAAAGGAUGGGUUUUGCCAUCCCCAACACUCUCAAGAAACUUUACGAAAGAUACGAUGUUAUAAGAGCCCUGUACAACGGUAUAAUCCAACUUGCCCUUAGUCAUAAUCGUAUUUUGACUGAUUUAAGUGGAAGAGAACGGAAAUUAUUUAGGCCCUUGAUACAGGCCUGCGAUCGCCAACUGGCUCCUGGAGUUUUCAAGAUAACCUAUGGCUCCGAAUUCAAUGAGGAAUUUUUCGAAGAUGGCAAAGAGUUCAUCGGUGAGUUCCAGGAGUUGGUUCAUAUAUUCAAGCGGGCAAAUCGGGGCGUGGCCAGAAGUUGUGAGAAGAUCUGCGGUACGUUUCUGCUGCAUUUUGCAUUUUCUGGCUCCGUGGAUAUAUCGGUGUUCCAGCAGCAGUUGUCCAGCAGACUAACCUCCUCCGGUGAUAUCUUGAGGAGCUACUACGGCAACAUCGUGGAGCUUUUGUCCGCCUUUAGUCGGCAGUUUCAGUCAGUGGACGAUGAGAUGUCUACUGAGUGGAUAGCUUAUGUGAACGAUAUGGAUGACAUGCUAGCCAGUUCUUUAAUGACCAGUGCCCGCGGAUCCUUAACCAAACUAUACGAGGCCCUCCACUGCGAGGAGGAUAUGGCAUUCGCUCCCAUAAUAGUCGUUGAGUCGGAUGUGAAAGAUGGUCGCAUUGUCUUCACUCCUGACAUGGAUGCAAUUGGCGGUAUGAUAAAUGGGAUCGUAGAUAGUAUUCGCAGCAUGUUGGAUCAAUUUCCGCGACUGGGAUACAAACUAAAGCUUCCCAAAAAGCAGCUGCGACAGGGAUUCGCUUGCGUUUUUCGGGAGGAUCAGGAAUGCUCGGAAUUAAUGAGAAGCAUUCAGGCGGAGAUCGUAAUUCAGCAAGAGGCGAUGGCCAAAUAUGAAGCGGUAUGGAAUCAAAAACGAGUACUCUGGGAGACCACGGAGGAGGGGUUCCGGCAGCGAUUGAUGUCCAGUUCGCGGACAGCCGGGGUCUUUGAGGGUGGCAUCGAACACUACAGUGCUCUGGCGGAUGAUGUCAUCUUCGAGGAUGCCAUUACGAACGUUUACUUUGUACUGAUCAAUCAGAAUGCUCUGAAGAGCACGAUCCUAGAUUGGAUCGAAAAGUGGCAAGCUCUCAAUAUUAAAAUGUUGCUAGAUCAUGCCAGUAAUUUGAUGAGAGCCACCUACCGAUAUAUGCGACGCAAUGAGAGGAAUGUGAUGAAGGUACCUCGAACCAUCCGUGAAACCGUUGCUGCCAAACAGCUUUUUGAGCAACUCCUGAAAGAAGUUCCCGUGAAACAAUCCGCCUUUACACCGAUGUUGGAACUCUUUGUCCUUUUGCACAAAUAUCAGGUUCAAUUAACAGAAAAGACACAUCAGCAGGUGAUGGGAUUGGAGUCGUCUUGGCUGCACUACCUCCAAGUCCUGGAAGAGGCGGAUGAAAUGUUGGAUAAUGAAGGGACUGACACCAAACUGGAGCUAGCCAAACAUGGGGAAAAGUUCAAGUUAAUAUUGAAGGAAUUCCUCGAAGAUUUCUACUCCAAAUUAUCCAAGAGAUAAUGAAAUAAUCUGUUUAAAAUUAAUUUUAAAUCAUAA